UCAGUAUUUCUUAUAGUGUGUCUGGAGGGAUAACACCUCCUCUGCUCCUCGCGACAUCUCCCUCAUCAACCCAGCAAACAGCAACAAUGGUGCGGAUCAAAUCCCGCUACAUCCUCUUCUCGAUCCGCUUCCCGACCCAGCAGACAAUAGACAAAGCCCCCGACCCCCUCAAAAACCCACACUUCACCCCUCCGCCCCCCGCGCCCUUCAAACUCGCCAACAACGAUGCCACCCGCCGCAUGAACUUCACAAACCCCGACCUGCCGAGCCCGCACCCGCGGUUCGCCCCGGGAUCGGCCGAGGCUGCGAAAGCAUGGCAGACAACGUCAGAUGGGCAGUUUUUGCCAGGCGGGCCGUUAGCGAAUUUGCCGCCGGCGGCGAGGAAGGUCGUCAUGCGCACGCCGGGGCCGGCUGCUAUUACUUCCGCGGCGGUGAAUCAUGCGGUCAGAGAUGCGGUUAAUCGGAUGUUUGGCGAUCUAGGCGCAGGACUCGUUAAGGCCAGUCUCAGCUUAAAAUACUUCUCCGAAGCAACCGCAACCGGCAUCCUCCGCGUCUCGCGCGAGCACUUCACCCUCGCCUGGGCCGCGCUCACGCUCCUGACCGAGAUCGCAGGUACGCCCGUGCUCGUCACCGUCCAGCACGUCUCCGGCACGAUGAAGAAGUGCGAGCGCGCGGGCAUCGCGCUCGAUCGCGAGAUGGCGCGCGUGCUCGAGUUUGAACUCAAGCGCGAGGGGUAUGAGGCUACGAGGAAGGCGCGCGGGGUGGGGUUUGCUGCGGAGCGGUUUGUCGUGCAGUGAGGAGGGGAGAGGAUGUAUUGCGGAUGUAGUCUGAUGGAGAAAGAGACGGGUUGCUCUGCUUGUUAGACGGUGUAUGUUUACGGGAUGGUUUUCGUUCAGCAUGUAUUUUUAGGCGUUUGGAUAUUUCAUAAUUGUAUUUGAACUAAGUGCUCAUUAGCAUUCAGUAACUGCAGAAUUCUACACAGAUAUACUGCAUCUUCUCAAGUCUC